AACUAAACUCCACGCCCUAAAAAAAAUCAGAGAUUCUAGUUUUCAUACUUCUCUCUCUCUUAAUACGAUUCUGAUUCUAUUUUUCUCACCUACCAUUGAAAAGUCUCCCGUAGAUCUCUUCUCCUUCUUCUGCUAUGGGCCACGGAACAAUGGCGACACCACCGACCACCACCAUCACCCCUACCAAGACGACGCUCGUGUUCACGUACGGAACUCUAAAGAGAGGAUUCUCGAACCACGUCCUGAUGCAAGAUCUGAUCCGAUCAGGCGACGCAUCUUUAAAAGGAGUCUACCAAACGCUAGAGAAAUAUCCCCUCGUCUGCGGACCAUACCGAGUCCCUUUCCUCCUCAACAAGCCUGGAACGGGCCAUCGCGUGACGGGAGAGCUUUACGCGGUCUCUCCUCGCGGUCUCUCGCGUCUCGACGAGCUCGAAGGGAUCACCAGGGGACAUUACGUGAGGCAACCGAUCCGUCUAGCUGCUGCUGAGAAAGAAGGAGGAGAUCUGGAAGCAGAGCAUGCGACGUCGUCGUGCGUGGUGGAGGCGUAUUACGCGCACAAGAGCUACGAGGAGGAGCUGUGGAAGAGGAAUGGAGGGAGAUCGUUCGGCGCGUACACGGAGAACGAAGCGCGUGGAUAUGUGAAGCGUAAGGAUCGGCCGCAGCAUCUUACCUUCUUGGACCAUAUCCGUAUUUUCGUUUCUUCUCCAUGUGAUUAAUUUCGAUUAUUCCCUCUCUCUCAUUUUUAUUUUUUAUAUAUCCUUUUCUAGAGAAAUUAAAUAAGAAAGUACAAACGCAAACCACUAGUUUCAUCUAUUCUAACGGGUCCCACUUGUUCGUCGUAGCCGUACAACGGUUGUUGUUAUUAGUUGUUACCGAUGAACAUUUGAUUAGAGAUUCCGUGCUUGUUGUCUGGAUGUAAACCGUAAUAUAGUGUCCGGUCAGUCAGUGUCUUUACUUCAGGUUCUGUUUUUAAUAUCUCGUAUCCGUACGCAAUCUUUGUUUGUUUUCUUAUAAAGCGAAUGUGUUGUUUCUCUGAUUUGGCUCGUCA